AUGCCACUAGCCGAAUUUGUCCUUUAUAUCAAGGGCCGUCUGUCAGUGGACGCAGAGGUUCUGACUGACAGGACAGACGCUCAGUUCUGGACAACCCCAAAACGCUGGUCAAAUGUGGGAGUGAAGAUACCAGGAGCUGUUGUACGGCCUGCUUGUGAAGACGAUGUUGUUCAAGUGGUGAAAGCCGCAGCUACUACAUCGACACCAUUUGUUGCGGCCACGGGUGGACACAGCCCAUGGUCGUCUAUAGGAGAGAAUGGUUUUGUGAUUGAUAUGUCAAAAUUCAAAGGUGUCGAGGUAGACACUUGUUGUGGAACAGUCCAAGUACGGGGUGGUGUCUUACACAAAGAGUUCCAGGUGGAACUAGCACGUCAUGAACAAUGCACAGCUAUUGGAGAUGCGAACACUAUCGGCGUGAUCCCAUUCUUUCUCGGUGGUGGUAUUAGCUUGUACUCUGGACAAUUCGGCUUUGGCUCUGACAACAUCCUCUCUGCUCGUGUGGUCACAGCUGAUGGCUCCUUGGUUGAGGCAAGCGACACCAAAAAUCCUGACCUCUUUUGGGCUAUUCGAGGCGCUGGGCAAUUCUUUGGAGUUGUAACGGAACUGACUAUUCGCACCUAUCCCCUGUCAACCUUGGGAAGCAUGGUUGGGGGACAUUGUUUUCGUCAACUUGUCUACCCCAUUUCUCAGGCAAGGGAGGUUGCAGCAAUUAUGAAGGAUAUCAUGGUCGACCCCUCAACGCCCACAUCUGGUCAUUUAAUGAUAGUGUCUCGGCCCCCAGAAUUUCACCAAGUGAUUGUGAUAAAUGCCCACUACAUCGGCGACCCUGCUCAAGCCGAAUUCGCUUUCCAAAGGCUUAAAAACCUCAAUCCAAUCGAAACAACCACUCGGAUGCUUUUGUUCGAAAAUCACAGUGAUUAUCCACUCGCAAAAUCGUCACCCGGGGACUAUAGGAGCAUCAAUCUAAUAGGCCUAGCCGAAUUCACAAUCGGGAAGUUCCUCGCAAUGGCUAAAUUGCAUCAAGAUCUUAUCACGGAUUACCCGGAUGCAAAAGGCACUCAGGUAAUCUUUGGAUGGCGUGCGCCGGUUUGCCAACUGCCAAUCACGGAUACCUCAUUUGGAAAUGCAGGCCAGCUAUUGUGGCUGUGA